AUGUGGAAGAAAGUAAUAGCAGUAUUAAUAGGGCUAAUGAUAGGCUAUUGGUAUAUAGAUAGCUUUGAUCCAGAAAAACUGAAAGGUAAGCGAGUAUUAAUAACUGGGGCCUCAACUGGUAUCGGUGAACAUAUAGCCUAUCAUUAUGCUAGCUUUGGGGCAAAUAUUAUGAUAACAGCUAGAAGAGAAAAUGCCUUAAAAGAUGUUAUAUCAAAGUGUGAAAGUCUAGGAAAAGGAAAUGGUAAAUACCAUUAUGUAACAGCUGAUAUGAAAAAUAUGAAAUCCACAAAAUUGGUUGUACAGGAAGCCAUUAAAAAGUUGGGUGGAAUAGAUAUUUUAGUAUUAAAUCAUAUAUUAGAAGUACCUCUUGGAGAAUGGUUAGGUACAGAGAAGAAUUUUACUAUGUUAGAUAAUAUCAUGGAAGUUAAUUUUAAAGCUUACAUACAUCUUACCUCUCAUUCAUUAGCAGAACUAGAGAAAAAUAAGGGCAGCAUUAUUGUUGUCAACUCUCUUGCAGGCAAAUUUGGAAUACCUUUUGUAUCAGCCUAUUCUGCAUCGAAAUUUGCUUUAGAUGGAUUUUUUAUUGCAUUACGACAAGAAUUGAAGAUGAGAAAAUGUGAUAUAUCUAUAACAUCAUGUAUUUUGGGACUUAUAGAAAAUGCAUUAAGCAAAUUAGGAGAUUUUGGUUUAAAAAGAGUGCUAAGUCUUGUAAAAUCAGCUCAACCUUCAGAUGCAGCUCUGGCCAUUGUGAAAGGUGGUGCAGUCAGGGCUCGUGAAAUUUACUUUCCAUUUAUUACAAUUCCCAGUUUUAUUUUACGUGACUGGAUGCCAGGAGCUAUAGACUUAAUGCUAUCGUAUGUUCAUACUCCAGACCAUUAUCAAUAA